AUGGCUACGACAGACCCCAAUAACGGAAAGAGAGAGUAUUCCACCAGCGUUGUGCGCCUCGCUUUUCUGGCUGAUCACCGCGACAAAAUAGGCGUCUCCGAACAAUGGUACCAAGUCAUGGACACGAUCAGACACCAGCCUAAUUUCGCUUAUAUUUCCAAAGGAGAAUCAGUCGAUGACGAACUUGAUAUCGUCUUGUUUAUUUCCUGGGAAAACGCUGCUAAACCACCAGCCUCUUUUCUCUCGGGAAACCUCGAUCGCAUUUUCUCUCCCCUUGACGAUUUUGUCGUCAAGAAGCCUCACCUUAUGUGUAACCUCUAUCGUAUGUCGUGGGGCUGUAGCCCUCGGUCAUGGGACACAAAUGAAAAUAGUUUUGAGUGCAUAUCAGAGUUUAUGAUCAUUCGCGGACCAGCUCAUGCAACCGAGAAGGCCGCGAAGAGAAUCAAUACGGAGAUCGAUGUUUAUAAUUCCAAUCGGUGGUUUGCAGUAGCCCAGGAAACCUAUUACUUCGAUUGGCUUUUGAUGCAUGCGCGUUUCGCCCGCGUGGGUGAAGAUUGUGAGCAACGUGCCGAUGCAGCCAGCUUCCUACUCAAUGUAGCCUGGAGGGGCCUGGAGGAGCGCCGUGAAUACAAAGACCCUACCAUACCCGAUCACACGCUGCCUCCUGAGACACGAGAGGAGCUUUUCCCAAGCGAUUACUGGCAAAAAUCUGUCAUCGAACGACUGGAGAGUGUGGGUGCCACCGUAUCAUCAUGGACUUAUCAUAAGGCAGAGGCUGUCCGCAAUAAGGAGGGAAAGCUGGUAGUUGCAGGCUAA